CUUGCCUCUUUCACCACGCCCAACAAAAGUCACCGCUCGCACCAUCUCGUUUGCGACGAAAUGCCUCUCUGAUCUCCCGGGGCCGAAUCCAUCGCCAUCUCGCCCGACACGUCCCUCGCCGCUGCUGACACGACCGAUCCUCGCCAUUCCGUUGCGACCCGCCCGAAAUGUUUUCCACGACUGUCGCCGACGGUGGCCCGGCGACGGCAACCCGUUCACGCCGGCGACAGCGCCCCUUGAGCUCCGAGCACCUCGUUCAACAGCCCAAGGCCAAGAGGCUGCGCCUGCCGUUGACUGAGACGACUUUUGUCAGCCCGGAUCCCCAGCAGGAGAUGAUCGAGGUCAAGACCGACAAAGUCGCGACCGUCCAUGUCAACAACGAAGCCGUCGAGAAUCCACCUCCCACGCUGCGCAAAGAAUUGAAUGUUCGCGCGAAAAAAUCGAAACAUGGAGACCGGGCGGCCAACAAGGGAGAUGGAAGCCUUGUUUUGACUAGCACAAACGCAUACACCGUGAGCAAGCUCCCAGCUCUGCCAGACAGGAUUCGCUCCGACUGGUCAGGUAACCAAACUGCCGACAUCUUCUCCACCUCUGGUUAUGCUCUCACCCUGACCGCCGCACACGCCAUCGUUUGGCCCUACACCUCGACAUCACAAUCACCCGAAACCUUCACAUUCACCCUUCCAUCAGCUUCAAAACCGACCGAUCCCCUUCCUGUAGGAUGCCUCGUUUCCCCCUCCGCGUCGACGACAGAGCCUGGCCUGGUUGUGGUCAUGGCAGGCAGCGGAAAAGUUGUCUAUUGGGAGUCCAUCUCUAGCGCGGCCACGUUCGCCUUCAUCAAGAAGGACCGUUCUGGCGUCGAGCACAUGAUCACGGGGAUGGCAUCCGGGGAGAAGGUUGUGGCCAUCACUAACGCCGAAUCCGCUGGCUUCAUCUUGACGUUCAACUCUGGACGGCUCGCUUACUUGAACGUGCGCGACGGCCAUGGCCGACCAUCAAUCUCCGUCCAAUUCUUGCGAAACAACCUCUCUGCCUCAACCAGUGGAAUCUUUGGCAGCAUCCGCCAUGCCUUUUCUAACCUGUCGCUUCGAGGAGACAUCGCAGCUGUCCGCGCCGAUCGAUCGGCUAGAGUUGGAGAGAGGAAUGUUGUUGCGCUCACUGCAAAAGGCCGACUACAGGCUUGGAAGGUCCAUCGAGGAGGCCACAACGAGAUUAUUGGGGAGGCGGAUGUGCGCGACGAUAUUGUCGCCGCGCUGCAGGAAACAGAUGCCGGCUCCCAAGAUUUCCCGGUGGAAUCCUUCGAAGCUGUGGAUUUCACCUAUGUCCCUAAGGGUCUGGAAUCCAAAUACCUUGAGCUGACUCGGUUGAGCGAAGCGAUGUCAUCCGAUGACUCCACGGUGCAACAUCUCUUGCUACUCGUCAGCCUAACACUUCGAAGCUCUUCACGUUAUGCCUUGGUCGAAGCUGUCUUGACUUCCAGAGAAUGUCAGAUUGGAAUGAUCCGCCCCCUUACAUCUUACUCGACUCCAAUUUCGACUCCAAUUUCGACUCCAAUCUCCUCAUCAUCGGCCUCUCAGGCUACACGACCUCGCCUCUACCUCCCCCGCCCGGCUCUCGUCGCAUAUGUUGUCUUCGAUCGUGCAACUGUCAUCGCGUCAAUUGCGGUUCCUCCCGAGUCACCGGACUCUCAACUUCAAUCCGACAGUCACGUUCUACCAGCGGCCUUCGAGGACGUCGUUGAUUUCCGAGAAGAUGAUGUUCACGAAAUUGUUGGCUCUGGUUUUGAAGAGACCGCAGCCAUUCACGGGCAUGAGGACAGCCGCCUGCACCGACACAAGACUAAGAACCCCGCAGUGGUCUUGAUGGUGCGAGGAGCGGGUGCUGUGCGGAUCGUGACAACCGACGUGGACAAGUUCGCCAGUGAGCAAGCUCCCAAAGUUUCCGCUAAGAGCAAGCUUGAGCAAGCCGUCUUCUUUGGCGUGAAGCAAGACAACCCUUUGAUUUUCGAUGGCCGACAGGAAAUCAAGUUCACCAAGGAGGAGACGGCCCGGGCUGCGCUGGAAGUGAGCCACGAGAUUCUUAGCUCAACGACCCCGUACAUUUCGACGCUCCCAGCAUCCCUGGAAGAUAAUCUGCGAGCUCGAUCAAAGGCCUUGGAGAGGUUAAUGUCUCAUCUGAGAACGACAGGAGCCAAUCUCGACCGAAAGACUCGAUGGAACCUGUUGUACAAUGCCGAGAAGAUGUAUGUAGCUACCAUACUCUGGAAGCGUCAUGAGGCCUUUACCGCAGCACGCCCCGCCAACGACAAGAAGAGCCUGAUCGGAUCGAUCGUGGAGUUCAUCCACCAGGACCAGAAGCACAACCCUGUUGCCAACAUCGGCGAGGUUGACCGGGUUCGCCAUUGGUUUGUCAAUGAUAUUUUCCGCCUCGAACUCUUUGUUGCCUGGGCGUAUGAGGUUAUCAAGACCUUGUACAAGGACCACCUUCUUGACGAUGCUAAGGUCACCGUCAUGAUACACGAGGCCAUUCAAGUCAACAUCUCCACGCACGUGGCAGCCCUUGAAUUUCGAAAGAACAACCUGAACUUCUAUGGGCUUGGCUACGAAGAACUCCGCAUGGGCAUCCUCCGUGAUGGAUAUGAGGAACUUCCUGAGCCCUGGACUGGUUGUCAUUAUGUCGCCAAUAAUGUAAAACGCCUCGUUGACCUCUCGGAUCAAUGGGUACUCGAGCACCGACGGGGAGACGAGAAAUCCAAGUCGCCAAACCAGCCGGACCUGAAGAUGAUCACCAAUAUUUUUGAAGAUCUACCUCUCCUUACCGAUGGCAUGCUCACAUCUGUCUUGGAGUAUGCUCGCUGGGGCAUGACGACUCCGGACCAGAAGACCAUGGCACAAAACUUUGCCCAAGUGUACCAGACGGAUCGAUUCGACAAGCCUAUUGCCCUGGCACGCUCCGGGAAGUGGGAGGAAGGAGCUAGCAUCGCUGAGAAGCAUGAGUCCCUUCGCGCUUUGGCAAUUAUCCUGUUAGACCACAUUGAGGAACUGGAAACACAGCUUUCGGAGCCGGGUCUUGCUCUGGUCGAGUCGCAAAAUCUCAAGGUUAUGCGCCAGGCUAAGAAGACCAAGCUGGAGACCAGUUUUUCCAACUACGGCCAAGCAUUCGCAUUCCCAGUGUACGAAUUCUUGCUGCAAAAGCAUGGCGUCGAGGCAGUUUUGGAAUUCGACUUGGACAAACUUGGCUUCAAGACGCAGUUCCUCCGAAGUAAGCCAGAGUUGGCGAGAAUCUCAUGGAUCAAUGACGUUCAGCAAGAAAAGGAUGUUGGUCAGAGUGCCGCUACGCUGGUCGAACUUGCUCUCAACAAGGAGCAGCAGGUGUGGAACAAGAAGAUUGAGUUGAGUCUCGGAAAACUGGCUCUUUUGGCGGAGAUUGAGGAGAAGAAAACCAGCGCUGCCGCCUUCAAAGUCGUCUCCGAUGAUGCCCGUAUCGACGAGAGGCUGAAGAAGGUUGAGGAUGAGUUGAUCGCCAUCAAGAUUCAGGAUCAACUUUACAGUCAAAUUUUCCCCAGCACCUACGAUGCAGUGGAUGAUGCCGCUGCUCUUAACUUUGCGAUGGAAGCACAUAGCAUGAACAUUCCGCGAAGGCAAAAAGCCCAACACCAAAUCUUCGAGGAUGGGAUGAAGCGGUUGCUGAGGCAUGAGGCUCUCGACGCCAUGACUCUUAUCGACCUCCUGACGCUCGCCUCCCUCAAGCCAGAGGCAAGAGAUGAGAUUGCACACCCUUUCUGGCUGGCCCUCAAAGUGGCAGAUAGCAGCUGCCAUAACGACGAAAAGAAGGAGGCCAAGAGGCUCAUCUGGAGAAGGCUAUUCAUUCGUGAUGACUGGGCAAAGAUCAACGAUACACAACUCAAGGACGAUCGUGAGGUGGUGGAGCGAUUGGCCGAUACCGAACUCUAUGGAAUGCUUGCGGAUUGCAUCAGGUUUCAAGAUGCACGAGAACCUUUCCGGCCCUUGUCGCCCCAGGAAGCCUUGGGCUCGUUUGUCGACCACCUUGAUCGCCGUUUCCGCGAUUUCGAUACUACUUUCCAGUCGAAGUUGACCGAAGCUAUGAAGUACGAGGAUAAGACCCUCCAUCAAUACAUAGAGAAGAACCGACUUGCAGAAUGGGUGCGCACUACUCUCGAGGCGGCCCGGGUCGAGGUUAACAGCCUCAUGGACGAUGCUACUAAGGCGGGCGCUGCCGUUGAGGAGGAUGCCACUGGCAAAUCGCUCUUCGCGAGCAAGUCCAACGGUAUCGCUGGCGGAGCGUCAUUGUUCGGGAAGUUUUAAGGACAGGCAACAACGUCAUUGGGCGGCGUUCUCUUUCGUUUCUCUUGUUUUUCUUUGUUGAUAAUCGCGUGUAUUAUAAACCACACGGCCUGCGCAAUCCCCAGCGCGGGGAUUGUGACGCUGGAACCAGACACAAACACAUACGCACACACAAAAGGGGUCUCAUGGAUCGGUUGGAGAUGGAAUGGGAUGGCUCUGCGAAGGGAGAUGGCUUUUACCGUCUUUUCACUUGUUUUCUCUUACGUUGUUCGUGUUGCUAGCGGUGAGAUGAAACGGGGAAUGUAUGAUGGGGAGUGGAAGGGUUCGACAUCUCGGGGCUGAGACUGGUAUUUCCCCUUGAGAUGGAAGGAAACGGAUUUCGCUACGCUGGUAAUAAAGAACUUACGCUGAGCAUGCGGGCUUUUCUGCAUGCGGUUCAAA